UAUAUUCUACAAGCAUACAGUAGUUUUGCAUUCGUAUUUGGCAUAUUUUGGAUUGGCGAAAUGGAGGGUAGCAUUAUUUUCAAAAAUAAAUGUAGUGUGCCUGGCUGCGACGACAAGGUGUCCAAAAGGCAUCGUUUUCCCAAAGAGGAACAGCUGCUGAAAAAAUGGAUUGAAAACGUCAACGCGCCUCUUUUUAGUUCCAUGGAACCAAGCGAAAUCUAUAAAAAAUAUGUGUGUGAUAGACAUUUUUCUAGCGAUUUCAAAGUUCCUGGAACAAGACGGGGACUUCGUAAAGAUGCUUUUCCGAAUAUUUGUUUAUCAGCAGUUGUCCUACAAGGGAAAAAGAAAGACGACGUCCAUUUGACGUCAAAGGUUGAAGAAGCAGCCUCAGUAACUAGUGAUUUUAUUCGAUCACCAGUAAUCCCAAAUGUAGAAGAUGAAACUUGUUUGUCUCCUCCACAAAAUAAUUCGUGCACAAAGCCGCUUAUGAAAUGUACGCAUAAGGAGGAUUUUUUUACAGAAUUCACCGAGAAAACGAUGGCGCAUUUUGCGCAGUGUAGAUGGGCAUACGCAUCGGGUGUGACGGCAAGUGGCAUCAAAUUAGCGCGAAAUUUAAAAUACAUUCUUUAAAUUGCAAA